AUGGGAAAUGUAGCUACUGCAACAAUAAGCGGGUUAGAGAAGAUGGAAAGUGGAGAUGUCCUGGGUGGUACUUUGGAAAUCAUUUCAAGCGUCGUGGCGCUUGCCGGUGAGGCGGCCGGCGGACCUGUUUGGGCGACAGUUGGGGGAACAAUUUGCAGCGUCAUUGGUGCCAUUCUUGCUUCGAGACAACCCAGGCAGCCAAGCAUCAUAGAACAAGUGGCCGACGUUGUACAUAAAGAGUUGGUCGAAUUUAACAGCAAGUUACAAGACCAGAAAUGUGACGGCCUGAAACGUCGCGUGUCAGACCAGACCGCCCAGCUGCAGAAGAUGAAACCAGGUGAAAAGCUGGACGAUCCUAACCUGUGGAACGACUACGUGCAGUUUAUGGGAGAACUGGGUAACAGAAUCCAGUCACCACUACCAUAUAAGUACAGCGAUAAUUUGACAAAUGAUCCAAAUGUGGCAGAUUUUGUAAGAGCAUUGAUGACCUACUGUAAAGCUUUCAGUUGUUUUAAUGCGCUUCUUCUAAUCGCCAAAGGAACAUUUGCAGACCUUGGAAGCGAGCAUAAAGAGAAUGACGAAAAAGCAGAUCGGAAAAUCGACGGCCAAAAGCAAGAUUUAGAAAAAAAAUUAUCUUUCCUGUUCGGUGAGAAGUACUUGACAUUUCUUGGACGACUUCCGUCAGAAGAAGGAAAACUGACAAAGUUGGUCGCCUUCAGUAGAAACGCAGAAGCGAGGCGCAUCGUAAAGAUGACAACACGCGGGUUUGGUUUCCCUGAGAUACUGGAUUACGAAGCAGUUGAAUCAAAGGCAGAAAUCGUGUCUCGCCAGUCAGUGACAUUAAAACUAGAGGGCCAUCCAAAUAUUUUCGAUUUCAGUCGGAUCAAUGGCCGCAUAGGCGUGAUGCAAUUUAUCAACGAAACACAGUAUUCAAUGAAAGUAAUAGGCGGUGCAUAUCCUGAAGGGGUUGAAGAAAAGUUCACACAAGUUCUUCAGCCUCGAUCAUCCUCAGAUUUAGACAUAUCACACGCCUGUGCUGGGGGGUAUGUCCUUAUUUACUUAGACGGGAAGCUUCGUCCAGACGAUGAACCCCAUAGCGCAGAUGAAACUCGUAUAAUCGAAUUUGCGUAUUAUUUACCAAGUUUUGGAAAACCAGGAAUAAAUAUCCAGAACAAAACUUGCGGUGAGUUCACCAAAGGCGAGGAUGCCUACAAAAAGGUUCAUGGCGAAAGGCAGAAAAACUUUUAUUGGAAGACAAAAGAAGUACACCACAUGGCCAGUGCAGAAAUGCAAUUAAAACCAAUCGGCGUGCGUCCUACUCGCACCAUACACCGAUGGCGCUAUGUUUUCCAAGAUUUCGACCCUUCCAUGGAUAUUGUUACUGCGCCUAAAGGUUAAGUCUGUAUCCGAUAAAUAAGUAAAAUUACCUAAGUUUGUGUUUAUUGUUAUUUCAAUCUUUAUUAUUUCCAUUUUGAAAUCACUGGUGAUCCCUGCAAUCUGAUUGGCUCUCAGAAGUGUGAUUUAGUCACGAAUCACAGCUAUUUUUUGCUUUAAAUCACAUCUGUUCUAAAUCGUAUCAUUUCUGUUUUAAAUCGCCCCAUUUUGCUCUACAUCGCAUCAUUUCUGUGCGAACGUAAAAUGAGAUGUGAAAGCCGUUUUGUUUCCGCUUUUCAACAAAUCGGCUACUUGAUCAAUAAAGUUAAUUGGUACUGAGAGUGACUGAAUUCUGCGAUUUCAAAAUGGCUGUAAUAAAGUGGUAAUUGAAUUUCGUGUCAUGCAAUUUUGGUCUGAAAUCAUACUUGUGAUUUCAAAUCAAACUCGCGCUGCGAGCUCGUCCGAUUUGCGCGCUCGACCAAAUUGUACUCCACUCAGUUCAAUUACCAUUAUUAAUCCACAAGAAAUCAAAAGAUGUGUUCUCUUUCCAACGCGCGUCGUCUCCUUGUGGGAGACUAUUCUUCGCGAGAACUUGCAAAAACGUAAAUCCCGUCGGUAAAUCACCUUUUCUGGAAUCACGUACCACCUUAAGUUAAAUCAAGCCUCUCCUUAACGCAAAGUCCGAAGGGUGUUAGGUAUUUUGUGUGACUUUUUAUUAGACCAAAAGAAGUCACUUAUUACUAGGGCUUUCCUCAAGUUGCUCGAGGUUUUCCAAAAAGUUUCCCGUAAUUUCUCAAAAAGUUGCUCAAAAGUUGCUUUUUGUAACGAGAGUUGCUCAAAAGUUGCUCGAAAAAACAAAAAAUUUUUUGGUCUGAUGCAUAUGAUAUGCAAAUUGUACAACAAACGUAAGUUUUCUGAGCAUCUUUGUGCAAUUUUGCGGUGUAACCAGCGUUGCUAAAUAACUUUGUCCGCAAUUAAAACCAAAAAAUGUAAUGAGCCAAUAAAAUUGUUGAAUGAUCAUCUAAGUUUCACUCAGUCUAGUGUGAAUCCUUCGUCCACCAUUUGAAUUUUCUCUAAAAACCGCUGACCUCGCAACCCGACUACUUUUUUUUUUGCGCCCAUGAUCUGCCCCAGGGGGAAGGAUUUGGCUCCUUUUUGUACAGGAAAUUCAUUAAUUGUCUACUAAAACAUUGUGAAAUAUGGAAGAAAGGCCAAUUUAAAAACUAAAAGUCGUUUCGAUUUCUCAGAAUUAGAAGAUAACAAGAGAAAUUGCUCAGAAUGCAAAAAGUUGCUCGAAAUUUGAGAAGUUGCCAAAAAGUUGCCGAGGCAGCUUGUGAAAAGCCCUACUUAUUAAUUUCAUCAAGAAUAGUAUGUUGUAGCGAAAAACGCUAGUACACGUGAAAUCACCUUCCACGAGGGGAGGCGUGAGGAAAAUGUAUGAUCAGGCUUCCUUUACUUACGGUCUGAAUGAUUAAGGUGUCCUUAUAAUAAAAUUAUAUGAAGUCUGGUGUAUUUUGGCAGCAAACGAACUGUCCGUUAAAAAGGGUCCGAAGGCCAAAAAUUGAGUCAUUGAAGGCGUUAACUACCUUCACCAGUCCCAAGAGAGAAUAAAAGGACAGAGAGGGCAUCUUAGGGAGUGAUAUGUGAAUUUCACUACAGUUAUUUUUAGAUUUUUUAAUUAAACGGAAGUCUAUUCCUCAAACGUUCGCACAUUUUAAUUGAUUUCUUGAAACGUUAUCAAGUCCACGCGCCGGCGCGCGACUGCCUCAAAGCAAACAACGCAGAAUAUUGUAAUGACGACUGUUAAAUUCUCUGUCGACAAAACUGAAUAAACGUUUGCGGUCCUCGCUGGAAACCAACUUCCGGUAUACUUUUAGCGUUUAAUUGGCCUGAAAAUGACUUUGGUGAAAUUCACAUAUCCCAAUACCUACACUGGGCGUUUCCUAGUUACUAACACCAAAUUGGGGAGACCAUGAUAAUAGAGAGGUACGUUAUAACAUGUUAGACUGUAUUUGGCAAUUACAACAAUGCGUAUUUUUCUUUCCCUUUCAGAUACUGGGUCAUGUAUUGUCCUAUAAAUUUCAUUCUGUGGACAAGCCGCGAAAAAGAUGGAUACUAACUACUUCGAAAGUUUAAAAAUUAGCAGCAAAAUCCCGACUGUAAACCAAUGAGUUUAGAGACCAGAUCUCUCAAGAAAAUAUGGAUCAGUGAAAAAAGACAAAGUUGAAGAAACAACGGCUAAAUGCUCACGGCGAAAAGAAGAAACUCUUUCUUCUUUCCUCUCAUAGAAAGGCCUUAUGCUCAGGCUAUGUAACACUGUAUAUAUGCAUAAUGGUACAAACUAGAAUUUUCCAAUUAUUAUACAUAAGCCCAUUUCCCAGUCUAAAUUUUGUCCUAAUCAUAGUGUCUAAACCUAGUCCCAACGCUUUCCCCUAUAUAUUCUUGCCUAGUCCUCUCCUUGUCCCUGUAUGGCGUUUUCCCAGGACGUUUGCGAUAGAAAGUCACUAUAUUUUCCCAUUCAGGCAUCGGUUAGGGUUGCCUAUAAAGAAAUUUACAAAAAAUGCUGUGAUGUCUGUGUUAGUAUGGCUUCCUUUAGGGGUCAGUUUAAGCCUGAGCCACACCCACAUUGGUCUCCCUUAGGGGUUUCAUUUUCAUUUUCCGACCAUUAUCCCCCAGUCCGAGUUGUUAGUAUACCUGAAAAGACUUUUCCAGAAAAGUCUAUUAAUACUUCAUUUUGACAUCAGUUGAGUCGAGAAGGAAGGUUGUGUUUCCACACACCGAAAAACUGAGUGUCGAUGAGAUAGUUCAAGUAUUUCGAUGUUACGUUAUAUAAACGCCUGUAAGACGCGGAGCCGUUAUUUACCAAAACGUUUAAGCGCAUAAAAAUUGACACAAAUUUUCUUUAGCUGAAUAUCAAUGAACCUCAUUAGCAAAUAGAUAUGAAUGUUGAGAUUGUAAAAACACUAUGAUCUGGAAAACGAUAGAUAACAGUGGUGCUGUUCUGUGGAAUAGUCUUCCUCAAACAUUAAGGCAAGCAGAACCCCUAAGUAAUUUUAAGUCACUUUUGCACAGUAAUUACAAUAUCAAGUAAGGCACGGCAUUCAUGGAAAACAGGCUCUUUUUUUUUCGUAUAUACUUAAUUGAAUAUUUUUAAUACUGUAUUUAGCGGAACCCAGUAAAUGUAAUUAAGGUUUUUUAAAUUUUUUAUAAUAUUACAUGCCUGAUUAAUUUGUAACACCGUGCAUGAAUAAAGAUCACCUUACCUUACCUUUGAAAAGUUGUCCUGUUAUGAUAAGGCUAAUCUCCGGAGUAAAAUAAUUUAUACCCCACACUCUGUUGACGUAAAACAAAUAAAACAAAACAUCUUUUAAAAUAAACCUAUAAACCCUAAUGUGCCCAUAACAUAUCGAAACAUAACCUAAAAACUCAGCUGAAAACUGAACAAGACAGGCACCACGAAUAGCAGUGCCGGCUGCUGGUUAGGGUAUUAAAGACGAAAUGCACAUUGCGGCACGGAAGCGAAUGUUCAAGAUACAACGUCAAGGAUCCCUGCACUGGGUGCAAGAUGGCCUGCGAGCAAGCUCUCCUGGGGUUCCCGGGGCUGCGGGGGCACCAGAGCGCUUCGGGAGAGCUUGCUCGCAGGUCAGGUGCAACAGCCUUUUCUGACUAUUCUGGUUCUAGCCCGUCAGUGCCUCGCAAAGUUUCCGGUGAACAGUCCAGGCCAUAUAUCAUAUAUCCAGAACUGGAUAUAUGAUUUCCUGUCAUCUGAUUGGCUUACGCCGAAACCAAAACAUUGCUUAGACCGCAAAAGGACUAAGGCCGAGAGAAAUGGCGGCGAUGUCGCGCCGAAAGCCGCUUCAAAGAUACUCAUGAUACGAUAGAAUCCUUCCGAUCUAUCGAUCUAUCGACUUUUAGAAGUUGCAGAAAAUUCCAUCGGAAAGUCGUUUUCUUUAUUUUUCUUUACUGGAAUUACGUGACUCACAGAAGCUCGCGAACUAUAAGCUUUAAUCUGCAACCUUGUUUACGACUUCUUCGCACGAUGUAGGCCGCCUGAUCUCAAGUUCUCAAUCUGGGAGAGCCUAGGAAAGUGAACGCUACCUUAAAGCGUGCAUACAUAAACAAGCGUAAUUUUUUCCUUGGUGAAUACUCGGCUGAAUACAGGGAAGUUCCCCCCACUUACUCCUGUCAGUCUAAAGGAAUGGUACUUUGAAGGGUGGAGUUAAAGUUUACUUGACGAAACCCCACAUUUCUAUUUUUCCGUAAGAUCUUCGAGAUGGAGCCCUUUGCAUUACUGGAAGCCAUCUUCGGGAUGAUGCCUAACCUCACGGUACAUAUGAAACCAAAAUGGCCGCCGGUACUAUAUAUGGUAGCGCUCGAUACUGACGACCAUCAUACGAAAAAAUAGGGGACUGUGAAGUCUCCUAGUUCUUGUGCAAGACCAAAGCCCUGUCGGUUGUAUGAAUAUAUAUUAGACAUCAAACGACUUCCUAAAGUUCUGAGAAAUUUUGACCAAUAUUUAAAAGAGGAUUACCCCGAAAAGGUCAAAGAGGGUCACUGAAGGUGAAAAGAAGCAAUUAUGUUUCGCUUUCAAUCUGAUUAGUCAUGAAUCAGUGUUCCCGUAUGAUCGCUUUGGCUUGAACAGAAAAAUCAAAGAAACAACAAAAGCAAAGUUUUCCGAUGAAGGUGGUUUUAUCUUUCGUAGCUGCCAUGAUAGCCUGUGAACAGACCCCUCUCCACUCAGGAUUUUCCCUGAGGGGCUACUCCCAUGAUCAACGCCCAGUUUAGACACGAAUACAGUACUGUUUUUCUUUCCCUUGCGUGAUUUGCUUAAUUGGGCGUAGCUUAGAAGGGUGUUUUUUCGAGGUGUUUUCCUGGAACACUUGAUCAGCACUGGAUCGCAAGUCACAUGCACAUCACGCUGAAGAUUCAUCCCGCGCACAAUCGGUGUCAUUUUUCCUUGUCGAUUCGAAAGUUUCGGACUUGAGAUUGUGGCCAUAAAUAGCCAACACAAGGGUAAGUAAUGUCGUGCAGAACUGCAAUGAAGUUUACUUGUCACAGUAGUGAGAAAAGUGUUAAAUUGCGCGCAGAACAAAUGAAUGCGAGUUGAAGUGCUAGUCGUCAUCCGAUCUUCUAUAAAGUGGGAACAAAUUCAGCUGAAUCCGCUUUCCCAAGCAGAAUAGAUUAGAAUGCCUACUUUUACAUACGUGUUUACAUGCAUAAAAGGACUCUGAUUUUUCAGCUUCGUUUCCCGAUUGUAUUUUAUCCAUGAUUUAUCACAAUUAUAGCGUAAAACUCAACUGUUUGUGACCUGCUUAAAUUAUAACCAAAAAAUUGCUCUGCCUGAAGAGGUCCAGGGUUAAAUUGGCUUCUAUGCGAAACAGAGCUGUGUAGUGCAUUUUAACCCAAACUAUAUUAAAUUACGCUUUCAUUUUAAGAAGAUAGUUUAGAUGCACUUUUGCGCUGCCCCAAAUGCUUAUGUUGCUCGCAUUGAGAGCUGAUGUCAAUACACUUGAAUACACUGAGUAACGGAUAUCUGAUAAACAACUUACGUCUUUUACUUGCUCUCUCUUAGUUCCGGCUUUCUCACUCAGGAGGGGGGCACGGGGAUUAAAUGCGGUGUUGCGGUGAAUAAAAUCCCAUCUUGCGGUGUUGCGGUGUUAAACCGUGCGGUGUGCGGUGUUUCUGGUUUUAAACCUACGGUGAAACGAAAUAACUUGUCGAACACUUUGCGAUGUUGUGGUUUAUCAUUUGGCCGUAGUUACUGAAACGAGGAACCAGGCAAAACAAGCCAAACGACCUAAACGAUCCACAACGACCCAAAGGGAUAAACAACGAGUGAUCAAAACUAAUAAACAAAAGAUCCACAACGACUCAAUAAAACAAGCCAAAACAAGUUCCGCCCUCCUAGGAACGUCGGGUAAAAUUGAUUUUAAUAUCUCACUGCUUUUUUAUGGCAGGAGCGAAGCCUGAUCUGUGUGGUCUUUUUAUACAAAAAAGGCUUCAAAACAAAUGGAUAACAGGCGAAAUCUGCAUGGGUUUGUUUUUUUCACGACUGUCAUGGGCGUUGUAUGCAUUUUUCUAUCUGCAAGACGAAAAAUAGAGUUCGCAAAAAUAGGAAAAACUCACUCUCUACUUAUCACUAACCAGCUCCGAGAUAACCAUCCCCAAUUAUAUGGAGAUUUGGGUUAGAUUAAUCGUAGGACCAAAAUUAAAAUUGCGAUGUCGGUGUUUAGCCACUUUUUUUGUGAUGCGGUUUUUGUUUUUUUUUUCUAUGGCAUGUUGCGGUGUGGACGGUCCCCCAAUGCCCCCCUCACUGUAACGGUAAUGAAUUUUCAGUUCCUUUCCUCUCCGUUAUAUAAUUACUUCUGACGAUUUACCUAGAUUUGGGAUUUUUUUCAUUUUAAUAUAUUCGUAUGAAUAAUUCUUGGCGUUGUCGAAACGUCGUGAUCAAUAGCAUACUGACCGUGAAAGAAACGAUAAUCGAACGUUAACCUUCACAUGCCACAAUAAAUAAUAUCAUUCAUUGUAUUUUAAGGUGAUUGCUUCAGACAACACCAUUACAUAGUGAAAAAUCACUUGUCUUUCUCCUUUCUCACUUCUAGGCCUAAAUAAUGGCUGCACGUUACCACAGUCAUUGUCAAAGUCCAUCUCUUCCAUGCCCCGAUAUCAAAGAAUGUCUGGACUCAUUGCGUAGGUGUGUGUCAGAUUUUGUGGACUCAAAUGCUAAUCUAAAAAUAGAUAUCGAAAGAAAGCUAAGAGAAAUAGAAACUUGGGUUACAAAACAAAACAACAAGAGCGAGGAAAAAACGAAGGAACUAACCCCUGAAACAGUGGGUAAAGUUCUUAAAGUUGUCCAAGUGACGGUGAAUAGUAUCGAGAAAUUCAAAAGUGACGAUCCCGUGGAUACCGCUGUGGGAGUUUUAAACAUCGUCUCUUCAAUUGGGUCCGUCUUUGGUGGACCUUACGGGCCGAUAAUUACUACAGUCUGUGGUAUUAUUGGUACGAUUCUCAGUUAUGGCAAGCCAAAACAUGCACAGCCAAGUGUGGUAGAUCAACUCGCAAAAGUCGUUCACAAGGAACUAGUCAACUUCAAUCAUAAGUUGCAUGAUCAAAGAUUCCAAGGUUUGAAGGAUCGCGUAUGCAACCAGACAUCUCAGCUACGUACAUUGAAGUCAGCGGAAAAACUAGACGACACCAACUUGUGGAAUGACUACGUUCAAUUUAUGGGUGAGCUUUCCUACAGACUAGAGUCACCUUUGCCAUUCAAAUACGAAAAAGGAUCCCCCCUCACAGAAGAUCCUGACGUAGCAGAUUUUGUGACAGCUGUGGUGACUUACAGCGAGGCGUACGUCUGUUUCAUGGCACUUUUGUUGGCUGCGAACGGACGAUUUGCAGAUCUUGGGAGAAAAGAAGACGAAGAUGCGGUCUAUCGUAUUAUUAAACGCCAAGAAGAGAAAGCGAGAGAAAAGCUUGCAUUCCUGUCUGACGAAAAAUAUCUGACCUUUCUUGGAAGCCUUCCCUAUGAAGGAGGAAAACUGACGAAAAUCGUUGUUUUAAGCCGAAACACAUCAGGAAAGAGGCUCGUAGAAGCAGUCAGACAUAGCUUAUAUUUACCGCAAUUACCUGAUUCUGCGACAGUUGAAUCUGAAGCAAGUAAAGUGUCCAGUCAGUGCGUUAAGUUAAAACUGGAAGGCCAUGACACUCACUCUCCCCAGAAUUCUUUAUUUCCUCAGGGCAACAAAACUGUUGUGGCCUUAACAAGAGUGCUGGUAGGUGUCAUAUUUAUUGACUUCAUUAACGAAACAGAUUUUCCCAUGAAGAUUGUUUCGGGUAAAGUUGGACGGAGAAGAUUACGUUCCGUCACUUUCACCCACAACGUCCAAUCUCGAUCAAGUUGUUGGCUGGAAACCUCACAGCUCUCAUCCUCGCAAUUUUCAACCGGUGGGUACAUUAUUCUCUACCAGAACGGAAUCCUAAGCUCCGAAGAACAACCGCCUGCGACGAAUGUUAGAGUCAUCGAGUUUGCUUUAUCAAGUUUAAUGAAAAUCAACAUCCAAGACAAAACUGGCAGCGAGUUCACCCGUGGCCAAGACACUUACGACAAGAUGAAUUCUGGUAAAGCCAAGACACUCUACUGGUUUAAUAAUGGGGAACACUUCAUGGCAAGAGCAGAAAUAAUUAGAUAUCGAUCUGGGCCGGUGACCUUUCGAUUUGUUGUUCAGGACUACGAUCCUUUGGCGGUGAGUGAUUAA